AUGGUUGACGUGCUCUGGAUCAAGACUAUGCGAAUUGACAUGCGCGCCACUCAUGCCGUUCUCAAAAUACUCUUUGAGGCUUAUCUAAAGCAUGUAAGACAGGAAAUCGAUGGCUUGAUACGCUCAGCCGAAAUGAAGAUGGCUGAUAUGCUAUCACGGCAAACGCACACUUUUGAAGCUGCAGUGGAUGCCUAUCGAUCUCGGAGAAAUCAAGAUCCGUCAAAAGGGUUCCGGCAAUGGUACGACCUCGCCCGGAAUACCAGCACCAUAGUCAUCGAGGAUAUGUGGGACCCGAUAUAUGAGGAUCUUGAAGUGUACGCACAAGCAACAUUUCCUGCAGGGCGAAGCCGAGCAUCUGCACUGCGAGAUGCAGCCGACUACAUUUCGGUACCAAAUAUCUGUCCGCAGGUGAAGGGUUUUUUCUUGCGAAAAGUAAAAUCUGAGUUCAAGGAUGCUGCAAUGUUCGUGGAUAGUAAUUGCGAGGCUGACAAUCGUCCCUGUCUCGAGGUCCAAGCGAUGCUAAACAGAGUGGCACAAUUCCUACCUAGCAUGAGCAUUCCAGUGAAUGAUCAUGCUUCGCCACGUGUGAUUGUACCUCAUGGGGAUAGAAGCACCACUGCCAAGCAGCAAGAACGGUAUGCCGAGCCUUUUUAUCAUGACGAGACAACAUUUCCCGUGUUAUUCAAUCGGGCCCAGCUUGCGAUCGAUGCUUGCUCGCCAACCUCACCGCUGGGGAACCUUAGCCUAAGCAGUGGGAGUCACAAUAUGUUCGAAGGAUCCUACGGUGCUAUCCAGCCAAAGACUCCAUCACUUGUCUCCAACGGUGCCAGCUGGCGAGACGUCUGCCAUCAGCCAUGGCUUCUCGAUAUCCACGGGGCACUGAUCCGUCCCAACGCGCUCAGCACUUCACAGCGAUUGCUACCGCUCUUCUCAUCCGCAAAGCUCUCGGGAGUGGAAGUUGCCUUGCGUUUUCCGGAUACCAUCUACUGGUCGCGUGACCCGGAUUACAACGUGAACGCCACCGAUGUCAUAACCGAGUCUUUUGACAUGAAGCAACAAUGGCUCAAGAAGCUGCCUGUGGCCUAUUGGCGCGGUACCAAUACUGGUGGAGGCCACGAUCGCGAUAAUUGGCAUCGCUUUCAUCGCCAUCGCUUUGUGGCAUCGACCAACGCCACGUGGCUGCGUACUGUGCAAUCACAACCGCGAAAAGACUGGACCAGACUAUCAUACACUGUGACUGACAGAAUCAUAUCUUUGGCCGAAGAGCAUACUGAUGUUGGAUUCACUUCCAUUGUCUGUCGCGACGACGGCUACCAAUCAUCGAACAAGAAUUGCUCAUACCUUGGAUCACAUUUUGUUGAGGCUUCGUACAUGCCCUUGUCGGAGAUCCUUUCUAGGUACCGCUUUCUGUAUGACGUUGAUGGAAACAGUUAUAGCGGAAGAUUCUAUGCUUUGCUAUCCUCCAACUCUGUCGUACUUAAAGCGACCGUCUUCCAGGAGUGGCAUGACGCACGCCUUCUCCCUUGGUUGCAUUUCAUUCCUAUCUCGAAUCAUUUUGGCCAAGAUUUAUGGGACGUCCUGGAGUAUUUCUUAAAGAAUGAAGAGCUUGGAGCUAAGAUUGCAGGCGGAGCAAGGAGAUGGGCGGAUAUGGUUCUAAGGCCAGUAGAUCUAGAGAUUUAUUUACUCAGGCUCUUACUAGAGUGGGCAAGAUUUAUUGGGAUAUAG